AACCAAAAGAACUUGAAGAUGAGACAUGAUGCUUUAAUAGCAAAAGUUGAUGAACUGAAUGUACAGCUUAAAGAGGAGCGGUCCAAGUGUCUGCGUCUUGAAAAAGAAUUGCAAUCAGGAACUGCUUCAAACCGAAAGACAGAGGAGUUACAGGGAAGAAUAAACUAUUUAGAAAAAGAGAAGGAGCUCUUGAAGGAGAACUAUGAUAAGCUGCAUAAUAGUGUCUUCAGUAUGACCGAUGAACAGGAAUGGAAGUUAAAGGAACGGCAACUGAAACUGCAAAUUGCUCAAUUAGAGGCUGCUAUUAAAUCUGAUUUAGCAGAUAAAAAUGAAAUCCUUGACAAGAUCCAAGUGGAAAGAGACCAAAAUGAAAAGCUGAUGCAAGAGAAUAAAGACCUGCAGCUAUGCUACCAAGAAAAUAAGCAACAACUAGAUGAUCUGAGAAAUCACAUGAAGUUUUUAACCAAGGAAGGUGAUAUUAAUGUGGCAGAACUCAAUGAAGCUCUCUUGGAUAUACAGGUUCAAAAGCAGCAGCAGAAUGGGCACCUGCCGUUUCUGGAAAAAGCAGAAAAUGAGAACCAUAAGGACUUAGAACACUCCAUGUGGGAGCUGCGGGUAGCACAUGCGGAAACAGUGCAAGAGCUUGAAAAGACAAGGACGAUGUUAACUUUGCAACACAAAAUAAACAAAGAUUACCAGAAUGAACUAGCAACAGUGACACAAACAAUGGAAAGUCUACAGAAAGACUACGAGUUAAAGCUAGAAAAGUAUGUCCAUCUUCUUGAUAUUAGAGCUGCACGUAUCAGAAAAUUAGAAGCCCAACUAGGAGAUAUUGCCUAUGGUACAAAACCACAUAAAUCCAGACCAAAAGUAUUGCCAGGUGAUCCAGUGGAUGAAUUUGAUGAAAUUCUACAUUUAAAAAGAGGAGAGAACCUUUUUGAAAUUCAUAUCAGCAAAGUGAUCUUCUCUUCUGGAACUGUGCAGGCUUUUGGUGUCUGUGAACCUGCAACUUUUUGUACUUAUGCAUUCUAUGACUUCGAACUUCAGAUAACUCCAGUGGUUUAUGGGUAUACCCCAUCAUAUGACUUCACUUCUCAGUAUCUCGUGCAGGCUGAUGACUGCUUCUUGGACUAUAUACAGCAAAAGAGUAUCACACUUGAGGUUCAUCGUGCAUAUGGCACAGAUUAUGAAACACUUGCUGCGUGUGAACUGAAGUUCCAUGAAAUCUUGGAAAACAGUGGGAAGAUCUGCAGAACAACAAAUUUAGUUGGAAUCAAAGGAAACAUUCAAAAUUAUGGUACCGUGGAGUACUGGAUCAGGUUACGAGUUCCUAUGGUUCAAGCUAUUAAUCUCUACAAAGAGAGGUCAAAGGCUCUGGGGUAUAUAACAUCUAAUUCUAGGGAAUGUGAACAACCAUCCCAGCAACAGAUACUCAGAACUGCCCAAGUCAGCACUUCUACAGAUGGCAAUUUAAAUGAACUCCACAUUACAAUAAAAUGUUGUAACAAUCUACAAUCCCGAAAAAAACAUCUUCAGCCAAAUCCUUAUGUUAUCUACAAGUUCUUUGAUUUUCCAGACCAUGAUACUCCCAUCAUUCCUAGCAACAACAACCCACAAAUAGAUGACCAUAUGUGUUUCAAAGUGCCAAUGAAUGCAGAUUUAGACCGAUAUCUAAGAUCAGAAUCCUUAACCUUUUAUGUAUUUGAUGAUGGUGAAAUGGAAGAAGGUGUUUAUGUAGUGAAAGCCAAUGUGCCUCUUAUAUCUUUAGCACGUGACAGACCUAUAUCAGGUACUUUUGAACUAAUAGAUUCUGAAAAACAUGCUAGUGGUACCAUCACAGCUGAAUUAAAAUGGAAGUUUGUCUACCUACCACCAAGUGGAUCAGCAAUAGCUUCAGACUUAGUGAAUUACAUUGAAAAUGAGAAAUCAAUGGAAACAAAAUUACAAGCAAAGGAAAAAACACAGACUCUAGCCCUGUCUCGUUCUUUACCUUCAUCAGUGACAAAACCAACACCCAAACCAAGGCAGCACGCAGCUCCAGUAGAGAAGAAAGUGUCUUUUCAGGAUCUUAGUACAAUACAGAUGGCAGUUAAACAAGAAAGGCAAGCAGAUGAUAAGGUGGUGAAGAUGGCUGAAGAAGCUCAGGAGGAAAAAGAAGACGCCUCACAUCUGUCAGAGGGGCAGCUGGCUGACCAAAGCUUAGUUACCUCUGGAGAUGAGACAGAAAUAACUGAAGAAUGGGAACGAGAAGAAAAUGAUGCCAUUGAAUCAGUAAUAACUGACAGCGAUGACUGUAUAGUUUCAAGUCCUCUGUCCAAGCAUAUUAAAAAGGCAACUGAAAAAAUCCGGAUUGAAAUUAUAUCACUCACUCUUACUGAGUCACGAAUUGCAUCAGAUGAAACAAUACAGCAGCUGUUUGUAGAAUGCAGAUUAUACAAUUUCCUUGCAGAGGAGACCCCACUGUCACUUCCAAAACCAACAAGUGGUCAGAGGAUUCACUAUAACUAUAGCAGUGUGAUACAUGUGGAUAAGGCAAAUAAUCCUGCAAGAAGAGAGUAUCUCAAGUCUAUGCUUCUAAAGCCAGAUGUACAUACUGACAGCCUACAAUUUACAGUGGUCACUGAUACCCCAGAAGAUGAACAGGAACUUGAAUGUGAAGAUAUUGGUUUUGCUGCCAUUAGUUUGCGAGAUAUAUUCCAUAAGCAAAGAGAUAUCAUUGAACAGGAUAUUGAUGUUUUUGAUUCACAAGAUGCUAGUGCAGUAAUUGGAAAGCUCAAAGUAACAGUGGAAGCCCUCCACGCGCUGCGUUCAGUCUACGAGGAAUGCAAAGAUGACUCGGAGGCAUGAAAGGGAAGUUUGCCUACAGAAGUUCCUUCUCCCAGUGUAAAUACAUGCUUGAUAGUGCUUCAAAGAUGAGAUCUUUGUAUUCUUACAGUAUAUUUAAUGUAUAAUUUAUAUGAAAAGGAUGCUUGAUUUGUAGUUGUAAAGUUUUGUAUACUUU